AUCUAGCGAUGUAAACAAGAACGCAAAAGACAAGUCUCACAGUGUUGACAGCACCACGGGCAUUUAGAGCAUCAUAUCCCCGAAUCAACCGCUUCCGUUGACUCUGGCUCACAGUCAUGAACCUCCCCAUCACUGUCAAAGUGAACUUUAGGGGCAACGUGAAGAAAUUUCCAGUCUUGGACACGAACAAAGCACAGUGGGAGACUGUGGAGGCCUGGAUUAAAACUACAUUCGGCUUGAGCCAUUUUCAAGUGAAAUAUUUUGACGAGGACAACGAGGAGGUGUGCAUAAACAGUCAAGAUGAAUAUACAGAAGCUCUAAAGAGUGCGUUUAAGCAAGCCAAUCAGCUCCACAUGAAUGUCUAUAAGAUGAAGGGUCAGGCAGAGGGUGGUGCAGUUAAGGCAGAGCUGAAGGAACUAAAGAUAGACCCCAGACCAGCUCCGCCAUAUCGAGCUAGAGUCAAGAUGGCAGACAAAGAGACCCAGGUGACCCCCGAGCGGGACUCGCAGGCUGUGCCCAAAGAAAACAAAGGGAUGAAAACUGAAGAAGAAGCAGUCCCCACUUGGUUUAAAUCCUACAUGGACAGGUUCAAAGAUCAAGUGGUAAGGGAGGUGGUGGACAGGAUGUGUAGUGAGUUUUCUGGCCAGUGUUGCACACACAGAGCCUCAGAUCCUCCUGCAGAAGAACCAAGCACCUCUGGCACACAGAAACCAGUCAGCUCCACCACACUGAGGGCUUCUAGCUCAACUCCAAAUUGCAGUAGUUGCAAAGGACCAGCCACUGGGGGAGGAUAUCAGUGCAGUGUUUGUCCAUCUUGCAUCUUAUGCGAGCCAUGCAGUCAUAAACACGAUCCCAGCCACAACCUAAAGAGAACAAGGACUCCUCUGUCUGUCCCUGAACGUGGAGUUACCCCAGAACCCAGGUUUCUGAGGCGGGGUGACAGGACGGUGAGAAAGGCGGAGAGGCAGCGUCUGAAAGCAGAGCGGAGGCAGCUGAAGGCUGAGGUGAAGGAGAUCAAGAAGAAGCUGAGGCUGGAGAAGAGAGGUCUGCUGUGGAGUGGAGCCUCCAAUGGGACCAGCACCUCAGGCCUUGCCCCCGCUCCCGCUCCAUCUCUCGGUGCAGGACCAGCCCCAGCUCCGGCCCUGUGCCCAGACCCUCAAACUUCCAGUCCAGAGAAAAGACAGACGCUGAAACAAAGCUGUUCUGACGAUCCUCUGUGCACUCAAACCAGGGGUCCCAAGGUCUCCGGCUCCACCUUGGUGCCCACAAUGACUGCCUUGUUUCUGGAUGAGAAUCUACCAGAUGGCACUUGUCUGGAGCCAGGCACCAAGUUCAUCAAGUACUGGAAGAUGAGGAACACUGGCAACAUCAGCUGGACCUCCGACACCAAGUUGAAAUUCAUGUGGGGCAACCUGACCCUGGGAUCACGAGAGCAAAAAGAGGUCGCAGUGCCCUUUCUGCAGCCGGGGCAGGUUGGCGUGGUGAGUGUGGCGUUUGUGGCACCACUGCUGGAGGGCACCUACACGUCUCACUGGCGCCUGGCACAUUGUGGUGUGCAGUUUGGGCCCAGAGUGUGGUGUAGCAUUGUGGUGGUGCCAAGCACAGGGCAGAAACCCAGCAUCCACUGCAGCAAAUCACUGCGGACUGAUCUGUGUCUAAUGGGGAAAGACGGCAUGUUCUGGUCAGGCACCAGAGACUGUGAAGUGUCUGCCAGCUCUAGGAGAGAAUUCUGCAUCCCCUCUGUGGACUUGCUGACAGCACAGGAUCUGCUGUCCUUUGAGUUACUGGAUAUAAACAUUGUGCAAGAAUUGGAGAAAGUCCCAGCCAAUGCUCCAUCUGAUAUCACCUCCUGCGUAUCUCCAACUCUUCACCAUGGAGCUUUGUUUGGGAAGCACGGAACAGGACAAAGCAAAGUUGAAGUUGGACGUUCAUGCAGGAAGAAAAUUCAAGUUCUGCAGCCUCAGAGACAAAAUGAGCUUCUGGAUGUUCCAGGCAAUGAGGAAGGAGACGAAGACAUCAGUGGCACUCAGUUUGUGUGUGAGACUGUGAUUCGCUCUCUGACUCUCGAGGAGGAACCAGAACGCAAACCUCAACGCAGAGCUCGGCCCAGUCUGAGGAGGCACGAGGUUCCAGAUCCUGUUCGCUUUAAGGAGAGAUCAUUACUGGUGAAGAAUGACAGACCAGUCAUAAACAGGCCUGAGGCUCCAGUUCCUGUGUCAAAACCAAUCAUAACAGAGGAACCUGUCUUUCCAGUCUUUACAGAGGCAUUGAUUGGCUCAAAUGAAAACCUCUACACCGACCCAGCUGCACAGGACGAGAACGAAGAGGAAGCGGAACAAAAGGGACGUGAAAAUGAGCAGGAAAAAGAGGAAGAAGCAGGAGAGUGGGAUGAGGUGAGCAGCCAGGUGUCCUCUGCCUCAUCUGAGGACUACAUUGUCAUCCUGCCUGACUGCUUCGAUACUUCCAGGCCCCUGGGAGAAUCGAUGUAUAGCUCAGCAAUGUCCCAGGCUGCAGUGCCUCUUGCCAACGGGCCAGAGGCACCGCAAAACCCAAGCACGGCUGAAGGAGAGAAUGAAGAGCCAAGCCCUGUCGCAGUUCUUCACAACAGCCUGAACCGGAUGCUGUCCACCUCUCAGAUACUGGACACUCCUCCUCUGAUUCCAGAGAUGGUUCCUGUGCCCGUCGCUCUGUCACCACCCCCGUCUCUCCGAACACACAGAUCAGUGAGAUCUCAUGAUGUUGAGUCAGGACCAGUGGAUGAGAACACCUCAUGCCAACACGAGGAUGACUCAAGCGGUUGCAGAUCAGCUCAUUUAGAGGCCCCUGUCAGUGCCUUUGAGACCUGUGGCCCCCAGGAUCCCCGGGCACGUAAUGGUGGUCUGACGGAGGGACUGGUGAAGGGAGCUCUGUCUGUAGCUGCUUCUGCUUAUAAAGCACUGUUCACAGGCCAGAGCACACCUGCACAGCGGCCUGAAGUGGACCCAGCCUGUGAAGACGCCUCAUUAAUGGCUGUAUUACAGGAGAUGGGCUUCAGCAACCAGCCGCUCAACCAGAGGCUGCUGAGAAAGCAUCACUACAACUUACUUGAUGUGGUCAACGAGCUGGUGCAGUUGACCGACAGCGAAUGGCACAUCUCAAGACAUUAAGAAGCACCGCCGCGACCUCAACGACGUGUAAGAAUUGUAAAUGAUUUCAUUGUGUUGCAGCUUUCUGUCAGAAUAAGAGAAACGCCGCUGAGAGAGUCUGGAGAAGAAAAAGAGAGAACUAUAUCACUAUAACUGACAGUAGCUGCAAUGAUGCAAUUACUUGAUUGUAAACUUUUAGUUUCAUGUUUGUAGGACAUUAUGAAUGGGGGAAAUACGCAAGGUUUAUCAAAGGGAAAUUUCAUUAUUAAAAAAUGGACAAUUUCAUCAUUUACUCAGCUUGUUUCAGACCCUUUUCAGAUUCUUAUUUUUGUUAGGACACAAAAGAAGAUAUUUUGAAGAAUGUUGAAAUCCAGUAGUCAUUUGCUCCCAUAGUAUAUAUAUUUUUUUUCAAUGGCCAACAUUCUUCAAAAUAUCUUCUUUUGUGUUCAACAAAAGAAAGAAACUCGUAAAGGUUUGGAACUACUUGAGGGUGAGUAAAUGGUGAGUAAAUUUUCAUUGUUUGGUGAACUGUCCCUCUUUAAGCAGUCUUAACGCUACUUUUAUUCAGUGCGCGUGCCCUACUAACCUGUUAGGUAGGCUUCAGGUAAAUUUUGUACUGCUUGAUUAGAUAUGAGGACUAAUUUGAAACAAUACCAGAGGGUUUCGGUUUGUUUGAGCACUUUUGCCUCUUAGAGGAAAGCUACAGUAUAUUAAGAACAGCCUGUGUUGAUUUUGUUAUAUGUCACGGUGACCUUUAUAUUUGUAUAUCUUAUUUUAAAUCACACUACUUCAUGUGUCACACUAAGGUGUUGGGCUACCAAACUUAUAGGAAUGUGCAAUGAGUUUUUCAGUCAUGCUUAACACAACCAGUGAUUGAUUGAUUGGUCAAAGUUUUUGCUAUAGGCACCGAUUUUUGGUCAUCUUUGUCAUUCUCAUGUGCAAUGUAUUACUAUGAACUGAAGGCUUAUCAACAUGGCUUUUGUGUCCAACACAGUGAAUAAAAAACAUUCCAUGAUCA